AUGGCUUUUCUCAUCCACACCCCUCUGGAAAACCCAAAUUUAACAACUUCGAAUCAACACUCAUCACCAGGCGACUCAUCUGAUAAAGAAAACCCCCGGCAAAACCCACAUAAACGAACCAGCAGUACGAUGCCUCCCCCGCGCCGGCAGAACAAACGGCAAAGACUAGUCAAUCGUGACACAAAUACGCAAUCUGUUCUGUCGCAAACAUCAUCACAACGGAGUGGUGAGAGCAGGUGGUAUGAUCCCGAUCAGGAUCCCGCAGAACGCCAACGCAUUCGGAAAGAGACCCGCGAGCUGAAUCGCGAAGUCAACGAUUCGCGCAGCGAGUAUAUGCAGCCUGGCAAUACUGGAUUGAAAGAUGCUCUCGCUCAAGCAAAUGAUCUCUACGCUCAAGUGAAACAAACCUCCGAUGCCACGAUCGAUUCUCGCCUCUUGGUCAAUAUCGCGGAUCUUUCACACAAGAAAACCUCUCAGCUUGCUCUCGGUGCUACGUCAGCUAGUAUUGAUGUCGAUGAAUUUGUAUCAAAAUGCAUCUCUUUCAUGCGCCGCGGGCCCACCAAUGCGGCGGCCCUGUCCAGUGGGACCCAGGGUCAGCGAGCUCGCCACAGUCGGUCCCAGCGAGACCCCAAUGCAAGCGAUGAUGAUGAUGCUGGAGAUGCCAUGAACUGGGAUCAUCUAGGGCAAGCGGCCUGCUUUCCUCACAACGCACGGCCUGCCGUGCCAGGGUGGUUGUUGGGCCCGCUUUCAAUUCAAAAGCGCGUGUGGCAAAUGACCCAGCGCAAAGUAACUGAACGAAUCGAUCCUAGCCUGGCUGUGCGUCCUCAGGAAUUGCAACAGCAAGACCUUGGUGGCCAGGAGAGUGCAAAUCUCACCCAGAUAUGCUCUGAGAUAAACAAGCUGCUUGGAAAGAAUCAGGCAGAGCGUCUUGAGAAAGCUGGAUACGAACUGGAGAAUACUCCAAAUGUCACCCCAGACAUGGCACAGGCUAUCAUGGCUAAGCACGGGAUUGCCGAUGACGAAGGGAUCCCCCUAUUCCGGUUCUGUAUCAAUCCUGAUUCCUUCGGACAAAGUGUGGAGAACCUGUUCUAUGUUAGCUUCCUAGUUCGUGAUGGAACUGUUGGCGUCUCGACUGACAGUCGUGGAUUGCCCACCCUUCGUAAGUCUCUUCAUCCUUUCUUCCUUUGCAAAACUGACGGUCAUGCAGAUGCGACGGCGCCAUAUGCACCGCUUGAGGCACAGAGGCAAGGUAUUCAAAAGCAUCAGGCCGUGUUCAGUCUAGACUACGACACCUGGGAACAAGUGAUUAAGUUGCUUGAUCUUAAGGAGUGUAUGAUUCCCCACCGUGCGCCAACACAGGAGGAGACCAGCACGAGCUGGCACGGCUAA